GGUGGCUGUCGGUGCUUGGGCUUUAUAUUCGGCGGGUGCUGCUCGAACGUGUUUGCGCUGGAGCACCUUGUGCGGGAGGUGCCGAAGAGCGGCAACCUGAUAACGUUUGCGCAAUUCCUGUUCAUCACGCUGAUUGGACUGCCGUCGUACGUAUACGUGCCAGCUCGGUCGUUCUUGCCGCGACUGCGGGCGCGGCGGGUGCCCUUGCGACGGUGGGCGGUGAUGGUGGGGCUGUAUUUCUUGGUUUCGGUUCUGAACAACAUUGCGCUGGGGUACCGGAUCUCGAUUCCAUUGCAUAUUGUGUUCCGGUCGAGCGGGCUGAUGGCGAAUAUGGCGUGCGGGUACGUGGUGAUGGGCAAGCGGUAUCCGGUGAAGCAGGUGGUCGCUGUGCUAAUGGUGUCGGUGGGAGUGGUGGUGGCGACAUUGGCAAGCGUCACACAGCACGAUGCGGAAGGAGCGGAUGAGUCGUUGAUAGGGAUUGCGCUAUUGACCAUGGGCGUGUUCCUGGCGGCCAUGCUGGGGCUGUACCAGGAGACGACGUACAAAAAGUACGGCAAACACUGGCAAGAGGGCCUGUUCUACAACCAUGCGCUGGCACUGCCGAUGUUUGUGCGAGCGCUGAGCAGGUCGCAGCCGGUCAGCCUGGCGACACUGCCGGGCGUAGGAGCGGUGUGCCCAGAUGUUUCAGUGCCGGGCCUGUGGGUGUCGCUGGUGGCGAAUAUUCUGUCGCAGCUGGUGUGCGUGUCGGGGGUGCAUAGAUUGACGUCGAUGUCGUCGUCGCUGACGCUCAAUGUAGUGCUGAAUCUGCGCAAGCUGGUGAGCCUGGUGCUGUCGGUUGUGCUGUUCAAGAAUACUGUAAAUAGCGGCAUGAUUGCCGGCUGCGCGAUGGUGUUUGUGGGCACGUUUGCGUACUCGCAAAUAAAGCCAUUGCCGGCGCAUGUGCAGAUGGGCGCGGGGAAAAGCGACUCGGGUUCGGAGGUUGCUGUUGUCAACCGGCGAGGCGCUGGGAAAAAAUAGAUUUCUUUUUUUUUUU